AUGUGGAACAUCUACGUUGUUGCCGUAUUGUGUCUUUAUUCACCGUCGCAUAAGUUUCGUAGUGCCUCUGGUCAACAACUGUACAAUCGUUUGUUAAUCAAGAAUCCUCCAACACUUCCUGACAAUGCAACAACAGCAAUGGCAGCACAAGAUUCUCUUGCCGGUCAUGAAUUAGACAUGCUUGACAGACAUUCAGAAACAAUCCAAUUAGUACCUAGAAAGUUAAAUGUUACCGAGAAUCUGCCGUCAACGUCAACACCAACUGUUACUGACUCCAAGUCGUCACUACGGAAAAAGAAAGCCGUACACUCUUCGGAUUUGCACUCCAAUGAAUUUGUUAGUGUUGCCUUCUCUCCAGACUCUAAAUAUCUCGCUGUCCAAGGUGGUCAUCCUGAUUGGAUUCUGACGUAUUGGUCAUGGGAGAAGCCCAAACAGCUAGCCAGCAUCAGAACCUCUGUUUCAAACCCAGUCAAACAAAUUUCCUUUAGUCCGCAUGACUGCACACUUAUUUGUGUUACUGGUAAUGAUAUUUUCCGACUGUACCGUUACGGGGAGAAUAAUCUUAAAACAUAUGGUCUGAGUAGGGUAGAACUCCAUAACUUCCUUUGCCAUACCUGGAUUAAUGAUGAAAAAAUUGUGGUUGGAACAGAGGAUGGACGUUGGAUUUUGGUUGAAAACGGUGAAACAAGGAUUGAAUACCAUCUAUCCGCCAUAAAUGAUGAAGAAAAUUGGAUUGUUAGCCAAGAAAAUAAAGAUGUUGAAGGUGUAGCUCCAAAAAUGAAAAAUAGUAUUACAGCUUUGGCAUCAACAUCAAAAGGUUUAGCUGUAGCCUGUUCACCUGGUAUAGUUCAUUGGUUUGAACAUAUGGAUGAUAAUAGCACACCGCAACAACAAGAACAAGUGAAAUCACCUCGAAAACAAAAUCAAAGCAAUGCACAUCAUCGUAAAUAUGAUCCACUGAUGAUGUCAACAACAGGUAAUCAAAUGAAUACACCAUCAACAACAGCGCCGGUACCAGGAACACGAGUAAGAGCAUCGAAAGAUGAAUAUACACUACUACUUAGUAUACAGAUACCACAAGAUCCAAUAAUAAGUGUAGAUUCUGAUUUUCAAUUAGAUCAGAAUAUUACACAACUUGUAAUUAGUCCAACAGAAGAUUUUAUCAUUGCUACAACUGAUACACACCAAUUGUAUCAAUUCAGUUUGACUAGUAUUGAUAUCGGUAUAAAAGGCAGUGAUACAAUGAGUAAGAAAAAUUUAGUUAACGCUGGUGCUAAACGGCAUAUACCACAGGAUACAAUGACAUUUGAACCAGUAUCACAAUCAUUUCAUAAUGGACAAAUAUUAGGCAUGGAUGUAUGCACGCGUAAACCAUUGAUAGCCACUUGUGCAACAGAUAGAACUGUAAGAAUAUGGAAUUUCGAAACAAACGACUUGGAGUUAAGUAAACAAUUCGCUGAAGAAGCAUUUAGUGUCACACUUCAUCCAUCCGGUUUAUAUGUUUUAGUUGGAUUCAGUGAUAAAUUACGUUUGAUGAAUAUACUGAUUGAUGAUAUACGAACAUUUCAUGAAUUUACAAUACGUGGAUGUCGUGAGUGUGCAUUUAGUAAUGGUGGUCACUUAUUGGCUGCAGUUAACGGGAAUGUAAUCCAAAUUUAUUCUGUUACAACGUUUGAUAAUGUUACAAACUUGAAAGGACAUAACGGAAAAAUUCGUUCUAUUGUUUGGUCAGAUGACGAUAAUAAAUUGAUUUCGUGUGGUAUGGAUGGUGCCGUCUACGAAUGGGAUCCACAAAAAGGAGCAAGAAUUAAUGAGAGUGUACUAAAAGCUUGUAGUUAUACAAGUGUAACUGUUUCACAAGAUGCUAAAACUCUUUAUGCUGUCGGCUCCGAUAAGACAUUGAAGGAGAUAAGUGAUUCACAAAUUGUUCAUGAAAUUGAAUCAUCAUCUGAUAUACUACUGACUACAGUUACUGUUUCACGUUCUGGACGUAUGUUAUUCUGUGGUUGCCAAAAUGGUCAUAUCAGAUCAUAUCAAAUGCCAUUAACUGAUAAUUCUGAUUGGCAAGAUUAUGUUGGUCAUUGUGAGAGUAUAACAAAAAUGCGAAUGGCUUCAUUUGAUGAUUAUCUAAUCACUGUAUCCAAUGAUUGUUCAAUUAUGAUUUGGCGAGUUCAAGAUCGUGAAGCACGUGCUAGUAAAACAGAAAAAGAAAUUGAAUGGACAGAAGAAAUAUUAAUUACUAGAUCAGAUUUAGAAGAGAAAAACUCUAUUAUGUCAGAAUUAAAAACACGCGUAGAAGAAUUAAAAAUGGAGAACGAGUAUCAAUUACGCCUCAAAGAUAUGAACUAUAAUGAGCGUAUUAAAGAGUUGACUGAAAAGUUUAUCCAAGAAAUGGAGACACUAAAGACAAAGAAUCAAUUAUUGAAAACAGAAAAAGAACAAAAGCAUAGUCAAGAAUUACAAAAUUUAGAGUCAAUAUCAAAUCAGAAAUUGAUCAUUGAAUAUGAAAAGUAUCAAGAUUUACAGAAUUUAACACAACGUAAGGAAGCAGAAUAUGAGAAACAAUUACAUGAUAUGGAAGUAUCCAAGGAGCGCCUAUUAAACGAAACAACAGAAUUCUAUGAAUCAAAGAUACAUGAUAAAAAUACCGCCAUGGAGAAUUUAACACGUGAAUUAAAAGAACAAACUAAUGAAUAUGAAGUAUCCAAACGUUUGAUUGAAGAAGAUGCAGAUCGUGAAAUACUUGAAAUAAAAAUUAAAUAUGAAAAGCGUUUACGUGAAGAACGUGAAACAAAUUCCCGCUUGAAAGGGGAAUCAGGGAUUAUGAAAAAGAAAUUUGCAAAGAAAGAUAUACAAGGCUUAAGGAAAGAAGUACAGGAACGUGAUGAAACAAUUCAAGAUAAAGAGAAAAGAAUUUAUGAUUUAAAGAAAAAAAAUCAAGAAUUAGAAAAAUUUAAGUAUGUUUUAGAUUAUAAGAUAAAAGAACUGAAAAAACAAAUUGAACCAAGAGAGAAUGAUAUAAAAAAUUAUAAAGAACAAAUUCAAGAAAUGGAAGCGGAAUUAGAACGAUUUCAUAAGCAAAAUGAUCAACUUGAAAUAAAUAUUACUGAAUUAAAACAAAAGUAUAAAUCAGUUGAACAUGAAUUGAAACUUGAACGUCAAGCAACCAGAGAUGUGGAAUCAUUAGUUCGUAGAUUGAAAACAGAUUUGUUUAAUUGUGUCGGAUUUAUUCAAGAGCCGAAACAAUUGAAAGCUGGCAUAUUAGCAUUGUAUAAAAAGCAUAUUCAUGAAGAUAUGGCGGUUGAUGCUACCACUGAUGCAGAUAUUCAAAAGGAAUUCGCAAGACAAAGGGAACAUCUUGAGAGAUCUGUAAUUGGACUUAGACAAAAAUUAGCACGUGACAGUGAAAUGCAUCGUGCAGAUUAUGUUCGUAUAAUGCAAGAGAAUGUUAGUCUCAUUCAAGAAAUCAAUAAUCUUCGCACAGAGUUAAAGGCAUCACGAAAUCAUAUUACCGAUUUAGAAGAUACAAUUGGCUUAAAUCGUAAAGAUGGCGAUAAAGCUAGACAAUUAUUAAUACAAGUGAAUAAGUCUCGGCCUAAUCCAGCACUAGAAGCCGAUUAUGAACAGGCACAAAGAGUAUUGGCUGCUCAACAAAACUUAAUUGAUGUUUUACAGAAUAAAUUAGAUGCACAAUCUCAAAGCUUCAAUGCAAACAGUCCUAAUGAUCUGUUAAAAGAUUUACAGUCAGCAGCACACUCAGCCCAUACAAAAUCACCGUCAGAGACAACAACAACAACCGCACAAUUACAAUCAAGACCAUAUAGCAGUUCGAAUGUUCUGCCACCGAUUGGCAGUGGUGUAAUAGUUGAGUCUACGGAUCAGAAAAUGCCACUCCCACCUAAUUUUACUAUUCCGCGGAAAAAGGUUUCCGAAACUCACCAACACUCAAAAACUAACAAUCAACAUCUGAGAGCUGAAAUGAAGAUGCUAAUUGAAUCUAUUAACUUCGAUAUUUUGCAUAAAAAGAAAUAUGUGUAUCCGACUUAUAUUAGACGUAUUACGAUGGAGCAUAGAAAACAUCCCCGUAGCUUAAUUUUGCGUGAUUUGUAA